CGACACCUUAGACAACAAGUAUCUCCAUACUUGCCACUAGGACAGAGGCACUUUGACAGGUUUGGAAUGACAAUGGGUCUAUGCGUGGAGUUUAGUAAGCAUUUUUUCAAAAGGAGGGUACUUACUAUAUAUAUUGGCUUAUCGAUCAGCAAAUUACAAUUAAGCUCUAUGCAUUCAGCUGCAGCAGCUAGCAGUCGCCAUGUCUCUUCUCCUCUCCCAAAUGCUACUACUGCUGCUGCUACUUGCAGCUGCAUCGGCUGUGCCUGAUGGCAGAUGCCUAACGAAGUGCGGCGAGGUGGAGAUCCCUUACCCCUUCGGCAUCGGCGACAACUGUUCCUUGGCAGGAGGCUUCAGUCUAACCUGCAAAACCAUGGAAAGUGGCCUCAAGAAGGCAUUCUAUCGCAAUGUUGUUGAGGUCCUCAAUAUUUCGUUGGCUACGGGCCAAGUUCGCAUGCUCAACCACAUAUCCUCGGUGUGCUAUUAUCCAAAUCACUCCUUUGUCAGUGGCUUAGAAUGGACGUUGAAUAUGGCGCCCCCAUAUAGGUUCUCAGAUCGGCUCAACAAGUUCACUGUCAUCGGAUGCCACACCCUUGCCUACAUAGUCAGCAGACACGAUAACAGUAGCUACCAGAGUGGCUGUGUGUCCAUGUGCCAGAAUAAAAAAAGCCUCACUGAUGGCUCUUGCUCCGGCGUUGGUUGCUGUCAGACUUCCAUACCCAAGAAUCUCACAUACUAUAGUGUUACGUUUGAUAAUGUUAUCAGAAACGCAGGGAACUGGGGAUUUGGGAAUUGCAGCUACGCCGUCUUGUUGGAGGCAGAGUCGUUCCAGUUUCAUACAUCUUACAUAACGACGAACCAACUGAUGCAAAUUUACAGUGAUGCCUCGGCGCCGGUAGUCAUGGACUGGGCCAUUGGAGAUGAGACCUGUGAGGUAGCUAAGCGCAGCCAAACCUCUUAUGCCUGCAUCAGCAAUAACAGCGAGUGCAUCGACUCUUCCAAUGGUCAUGGUUAUCUUUGCAACUGUUCGACAGGAUACCAAGGCAAUUCAUACGUCUCCAACGGAUGCCAAGACAUCGAUGAGUGCAAUCAACAGUCAAAUCCAUGCUCAGAUGGCGCCGACUGCCAGAACAUGCCCGGGAAUUAUAGUUGUCACUGCCCCGAAGGCACUCACGGUGACGCUUACAAUGGAACAUGCAUCCCAAAUCAGAAGGUUUCCUUGGCGGUGAAAGCGGUUAUAGGCACCUCCAUCAGCUUGAGUUUCUUGCUCGUAUUUGGCAUGUGCAUCUGUAUGAUUUAUCAGAGAAGAAAACUUAUCCAGUCAAGGAAAAGAUAUUUCGAUGAAAAUGGGGGCGUGCAAUUACAGGAGAAAAUGACAGAACUAGGUCUUAAAUUUAGUAUAUUUUCAAAAGAAGAAAUAGAGAAGGCGAUAAAGAGAGUUGAUAAGAAAAACAGAAUUCUUGGGCAAGGCGGAUAUGGAAUUGUUUACAAAGGAAAGAUAGGAGACAAUCUGUUUGUCGCCAUAAAGAAGCCAAAGGUUUUAAGUGAGAGAAAAAAGAAAGAAUUUUGGAAAGAAAUGCUUAUUCUUUCCAAAGUCAAUCAUAAGAACAUAGUCAAGCUCUUGGGCUGUUGUUUGGAUGUGGAGGUUCCCAUGUUGGUCUAUGAGUUUGUCCCUAAUGGUAACUUGUUUGAACUAAUCCACAUCAGGAUAGACAUAGACAACUUCACUUUAGCUGUGCGUUUAAACAUUGCUUGUGAUUCUGCUGAUGCUCUUGCUUAUUUACACUCUCCGGAUUCGCCUCGAAUCAUUCAUGGAGACGUCAAGUCUGCUAAUAUCCUCCUACAUGAAGAUUUCACUGCAAAAAUUUCUGAUUUCGGAUUUUCAAGGUUAAAUCCCGACGAUAAAGAGCAAUUUGCUACCGUAGUUCAAGGGACCUGUGGUUACUUGGACCCCGAGUUUGUUCAAACAGGCAAAUUUACUGAAAAAAGUGAUGUUUAUAGCUUUGGUGUAGUGCUCCUAGAAUUACUGACAGGUAAGAAGGCAAUUUAUUUUGAACAAAAUGGAGAAGAAACGUAUCUGGCAUCAAGCUUCAUUUUGUCCAAAAAGAAGGAUCGACUUAAGGAACACUUAGAUAAUCAAGGGACAAGUGAAGAAGAUGAACAGCUGAUUGAAAGGAUUGAAGAGCUGGCAGUGCAGUGCUUGAGUGCAAGGGGAGAAGAAAGACCUACGAUGAAGGAUGUGGUCGACCAGCUAAACAACAUGAGAAAGCCCAAGCAGCCCUCAUGGACACCAUCAAAUACUGACGACAUCCAGUGUUUCCAUCCUGUUACAUCGGACGCUCAAACGUUUACAAGUAGCACUAGUUGUAUUUCAGAGGUUGCACUGCAUAUUGAAUGUGCAAGGUAGAGAUAUGGUCCCUAAAGUUGUCGUCUUAAGUGUCCCUCCCAAGUUGAAGUAUAUAUCAGUUCUAGCAGUUUAAGUCUUCUAGUGAGUGUUAUGUUUGUUUACUAAUUAAUUUGUGGUAAGAGAAAGAAGUGUCUGCUAUGGUUCAAAUGUAAGAAUUUUCUCAGUUCCAAAAGUUUUCAGAUUUUAAAAUUA